GCUCCUUUUCCUUUGGUUAGGUUCUGCUGCUCAGAUCCCUGCCUUCUACAUGGACACCAGCCACCUGUUCAGCACGCAGCCCCCGCGCCUGGGCCCCCCCUCGCUGGCACAGCAGCAAGGCUUCCAGCCUGGGCUGUCUCAGACCCAGUCUCGAUUGUUUGAUUUUCCCUUACAGCCCACUGCAGUCCAGCAGAUCCCCAUCCCCAUCUACGCCCCCCUCCAGGGCCAGCACCAGCACCAGCAUCAGCACCAGCACCAGCAUCAGCACCAGCCCCAGGGCAUGGGCCUGGGCACCGGCCCGCCGGUCUCACAGGCACAGGAGCUCUUCAGCACCUCCCUGCACCAGCCCUACAGGUCCCAGCAGGCGUUCAUGCAGAGCAGCCUGUCUCAGCCCUCGCCGGUGGUUCUGUCUGGGGCUGGCCAGCACUCCCCCAUGAUGCUGUCGGGGACCGCGCUGCACAGCUACCCCGGCGUGCAGCCCUCCGAUCUCAGCAAGGCACAGUCUGGCCUGGCCUUCCAGCAAACCUCCAGCGCCCAACACAUCCCCAUCCUCUUCGAACCCCAGCUCAACCAGCCGUCCGGCCUGGGGGGCUCGCAGCUCAUGGACACCCACACGCACCUCUUACAGGCACGCCAGGGACUGAGCCAGCCCUCCAACUUGUACUCUGGGCAGGUGCAGCAGCCUGGCCAGAGCAGCUACUACAGCUCCACACAGUCUGCCAGCUCUGCCCUGCAGCAAGUAAACAUGCCCACACACUCGCACACGGGCCAGAGCAGCUACUACAGCAGCAGGCAGUACCCCAGUGCAGCCGUGCAGCAGAUGACGGUGCCUCUCCCGGGCUCCCAGCUCGCCCUCUCUAACUUUGGCUCGACUGGGGGCCACCAGCCCCUGAUCGCGCUGCCCCAGUCCAUGCAGCCGCAGGGCCCCCAGGCUCAGGCACAGAGCCUCGGCAGACAGGCUCAGCUCAGCCAGCCGUUCCGGGGGCUCCUGAACCAGAGCCAGCACGGAAUGAUGCAGGCUUCCAGCAAGGUGUGUGAGAUGGACCUGAAGCUGUUUGGCAGUGGGAUGGAUAUGAAGCCUGGGACCCCUCCGAUCAGUGCCAGGAGCACCACCCCCACCUCCAGCCCCUUCAGGGCCAGCUCCACCAGCCCCAACAGCCAGUCCAGUAAGAUGAACAGCAUUUUGUACCAGAAGCAGUUCCAGUCUGCAGCGGCGGCAGCGGCAGGGGUUCGAAUGCCUCCGCACUUCCAGGCACAGUUCACACCGCAGAUGAUGUCUCAGCCCAGCCUGGUGCCUCCCAUGGCGAGGCCUCCCCACGGCAGUUCUUUCAACCCGGGGGUGCAGCGGACGCCCAUGGGCCCCCCGAUGUCCCCCUCCCUCAUGAGUCAACCCCGCCCGCAGUACGUGAGCCGCGGACCCCCUGGGCCCUCCAUGGGACCCCGCGGAAACCAGGCCAUGCUCAAGGCAGAGCAGGAUAUCAAGGCGAAGCAGCGUGCGGAGGUGCUCCAGUCCACUCACAAGUUCUUCUCUGAGCAGCAGCAGCACAAGCCCACUCUGAGCAAACCCUCCGAUGGGAGCCAGCAGCCCGCGGAGAGCUUCACACCACAGCCCCUCUCCCUGGGGCACGAGGGGGAUAAGGGGUCCUCCCAGCCCCCCUCCUUCACUACCCCCGGCUCCAAACCUGUCCGGACCGGGCCCAUCAAACCCCAGGCCAUCAAACCUGAGGAGACCAAAUAACAGGAGGGGGAGUCGCACCGCACUGCGCCUUUCAGACAUGAAGGGGAUGUUCAUGAAGACUGAAGAGAUUCAAUAACACUGUCGCAUCCACUCUCACACACUCACAUAUAUAAUGAAACCCCUUUCACUGAGGCAGGCCCUGGGCUGAGAGUUGAGGCUGCAUUGUGCUCAGGAGGAGAGCUCCUGGCCAGGCCUGUGUCUCUCUCUCUCUCUCUCUCUCUCUCUCUCUCUCUCUCUCUCUCUCUCUGUCUGUCUCUCUCUCUCUCUCUCUCUCUCUCUCUCUCUCUCUCUCUCUCUCUCUCUCUCUCUCUCUGUCUCUCUCGGUCUGUGUCUCUCUCUCUGUCUGUUUCUCUGCCUCCCUGUGAUACGGUGCAGUUUUCUCAUAUUUGAGUCCUUUGUGUUUUCCCUGGCUGCUGGGGGUGAGAGAGGAGGUGCCAUGCCGACAGUGUGGCUGUCAAACCUUGAAGUUGCUGCUGAGUUUGCAAGGAGUUUGAUUCCUGGCUUUUUGGUUCUGUUUUUUAAAAUGUUUUUCUUGCUGAGACUUCCAUGAGUCCGCUGCCAUUCCUCCAGGGUGAAGCGCCUGACUGACGGAGGGCAUUGUGUUCUGCACCAUGGCGACACCAGAGACGCUUUUAUUAAACACCAGAUCUGUCAUCGCCACAAAUUAAAUGUCUACCUUUUGUUCUAGCUAGUACAGUACUGUAUCACACAGAUGUGGAUGGAAGAUGAGCUGACGAUAACAUUUGAGAGCUGUACGUAGUUGUGGAGACAGACUGCUGUAGCAGAGCUCUCUGCUCGUAACUUUUAUUCACCUUCCUCCCCCUCCUAAUCAGCGUGCGCUCUCUCUCUCUCUCUCUCUCUCUCGCUCUCUCUCUCUCUCUCUCUCGCUCUCGCUCUCUCUCUCGUUUAUUAUUAUGACUGCCCCCCCCCAAUGGUCCUGUCUGAUUGGCAGACUGGUAUCCCUGAGUGCUGAGUGACCCUGUUGGCACUGUACAGACAGCCAUGCUCGUUCUCUUUCAUUUCUACAGGGUUAAUCGCUCUUACAUAUGUACCAUCUUUCUUACAUUCUUUUUUUUUUUUUGGUUUUUUUUUUUUUGGUUUGGUUACAGAAACUAAUAAAAUUAUAAGCUGAAAA